CCAGGAUCAUACCAUGACCGCUAUUACCCACCUGUAGCAACAUCGACAUUCAAAAAUGAUGCUCCACCGCAGCGCGUCAUCGCGCAGGCGCCGUGCGUCUCGCAGCACAGCAUCUUCGCCCGCGAACCCCACAUCGGGUCAAGGGCGCGUUAGUGCAUGUCCCGCCACUGGCAGCGGAAGUAGAUCGGCAGCGACCAGUCCUGGAAGAAGGGCUAGCAUAGCUGUUAGUCCGGCUGCGGAACAACCAGACAGAUCUCGCGGGUCACUCAUGCCAGAAGCGAACAGAAGUCCGAGACACUCGAUUAUACCAGAUAUAUCACUGGACACCCAAAUGAACUGUAGAGAAAGAGAAAGAAAUCCCGCUGCAGAAACCCACAACCGAAGUCCAAGGCCUAGCUUAGUUCCAGACUUCGACAGGAGUCCUAGGAACAGCCUGGUACCGGAGUCUCAGCGGAGUCCCAGAGGCAGUUUAGCCCCUGGCGACUAUUCUCGUAGUCCAAGAAACAGCUUAGUACCCGACCAAUACAACAGGAGUCCACGGAAUAGCCUAGUGCCCGAGCCUAAUCGGACGCCUAGACAUAGCCUGACACCUGAUAACAACGGAAUGUAUGGCUCAAGGCUGAGCAUAGCGGAAUACAACCGAAGCCCUAGGAAUAGUUUGCUACCAGACGGAUCAAGAACGCCUAGGCAAACGCUUACCCCGUCAGAAAGUGCUACAUGGGGACCAGAUGAAGCGCCCGUGCUAAGUCGGAGCCCAAGACAUAGCAUCACACCAGAUACAGCAGGUAUAAGUCAACGAAGUCCAAGGGGCAGUAUAGCUCCUGAAUGCCACUCCCUGAGGACAAGUCCCAGGGGAAGCAUCGCGGGAGAAUAUCAAGGAGAUAGGAGCCCAAGAGGAAGCAUCUGUCCAGAAACGAUGCUAGAAGGUGAAACGUCAAAACGAACGAGUCCAAGGGGUAGUAUAGCAAGAGGCUCGUUAAUGGUAGAAGAAUUGGAAAAAAGAAGUCCGAGGGGCAGUCUCACUCUUACCUUUCAAGAACCUCUUGCAACAGAGAGGCGAGCUAGCGCCGACAAUACGGCAGGACUGAGAGGCAGAAGCACAUCACCCUACAGGUCUGGAUCUAGAGGUAACGUCAAUGUCGGAUACAAUUCUGGUUACUCAGAAUCUGGGUCAAGAAGGGCUAGUAGUUCCGUCAGCCAGAUGUCUGGAGACGAGCAACGGCGGCUUUGUGCUAGCGCCGCCUCUAAUGCUGCAGCAGACUCGCAUCGAAGUAGCAGCGCUAUUGGAGGUGGAGGAGGUGGAGGCAUCACCUUGGCCCUUACAACAUACGGCAGUGUUGCGUAUCAGCUGAAGGACGCCAAUUUGGAAGCCAACAGUACGUGCGACUUCGUUUGCAAAGCUCUGUCUAUAGUUAAUAAGACUGUUAUAGUGACCAUCGUAUUGGUGUGCUUGUCCAUUCUACCUCUCAUCAUGCUUAUUAUGGGUAUCCAGUUUCUCCGUGACUGCCCCCGAGAGCCCAAUAUCCCCGUGUACAUGGUGGUUGGAGGUGGGGUAGGUUGUAUCAAGAUGGGUCUCACCCUCUACUCCCAGUUGCACACCCGUACACGUACCGAGGCUGACAAUGCAGCCAUGGCUGCUUCCAUUGGAUCCAAAGUGGCUUCUGUGGCACUCACCGUACUUCUGGUCACGUGGUUUGCUUUGGGGAAUUAUUGGAUUCUUCGGAUCAAGUGGCCGGAUUAUACACCAACGUUGUUCGAGCCUAACAGGUGGUGCCACAAAACCUUGUAUGUCUUCUCAAUCGUCCACCUAUGCAUCAUAUACUCCCUAGCGGGACUGGUAGUACUGCUAGUCCUAAUCCUAGCUGGCUGCCAACUACUAGGCUGCCCAUGGCUGGGUCCAGCCAGAUACAAAUAGCAUAACCCUCCUGACUACUUUGAGCUGUGGGACGUCCCUAGGACAUACCAUUAAGGAAAUUGGAUGCUACCGACGGAGCUACUACACAGCUUCGUAUACGAUACUACUGGAAAAAUGUUGGAUCCAUAUUCAGUUAUCGAAGAGCCCAACGAUCAUAUCGUAUCAAAUAUAAUACGUCGAUAUAUCAUAUUACAAAGACCAAAGUAACCAUACUUAUUGUAGAAUUUUAACAAAUUGGCAAAUUCAUAUACAACGUUCUAUGUAAAUAGAUUGUAGUCCCUAUAUUUGGUUGAUACUUUGGAAGUUAUUUUGAG